UGGUCUAAGUUGAUCACCCGAAAUUAGCCUAAUGAACUAGAUUUUCUAAUACACAUUAAUUAUUAACCCUUUUCAUGACCCACAUGCACACAUAUUUAUACAUAUCCAUGCAAACUUUCGUUCUCUCUCUCUAUAUAUAUCUACCCUCCCUCCUAAAUCUCUCUACCUCUUCUCUCUCCUCCUUGGUCUUUAGCAGAUACAGAGUCAGAACAAUGGCGGCUAAAAGCAAGAAGAAGAUCCUGAAGACUGUCUCUGUUGUCGACAUCAGCUGCGGCAACUGUAUAAAACCAACAUUCUCCUCUAUUUUCCACUUUUUCUCCAAAAAGCCCAAACGUCCCUCCUCUAAUUACCGUCACUGCCACUCCUCCAUCUCCUCAGCCACACCCUCCUCCACACCGCUAGCCACCGCUGCCAUCGCCGUCGAGAAAGAUUCCGACGAUCCUUACCUAGAUUUCCGGCAGUCUAUGCUUCAAAUGAUACUAGAGAACCAGAUUUACUCGAAAGAUGAACUCAGAGAGCUUCUUCAGUGCUUCCUCAGCCUCAAUUCACACUAUCAUCACGGCAUCAUCGUUCGUGCCUUCUCAGAAAUAUGGGAAGACGUUUCCUCCGCCGCCGCUUCCGCCGUCGAAGCGUCCCCUCUCUUCACCCGUCAUGUGUCACGUGCGUCACGUGAUUACUAUAACUAUUACUAGGCUAAUUAAUGAAAAUAAAUAGCUAUCUAUCUCGUAUUUAUGUUUGUUAGGGAAGUAACGUUACCGUGAUCCUAUUAACUCUUUUAAUUGGGAAUAUGCCACGUCAUCUAAUGACACGUGGAAUAAAAUUGAUUAUGCUUUAUUUAUC